AUGCGGCCAACAACCCCCAACUUCAACUUUGCCCCGCAGGCAGGGCCCUCAUCCCCUCCGCAGACGCCUACAACCUCAGCAUUCCCAUCCAAAGCCAACCGGCGGAAUGGAAUGCACUUCUCCAAGCCUACGAUACCCACCAAAGACGGCACAAUCACACCCAACGGCAACGGGCCCUUCCACUUCUCCUACACGCCGUCUGCCAGACCCGAAGAUCUCUCCCCUCGAUCGAGUUCCUCGCCCGCAUCCUCCGCCCACUCCUCCUCCAGUGGCAGCCCGCCUCGCUCCCUCUCCUCCUCUCCCGCAGUGCACACCACCUCCUCACCACCUCGCCGAACAAAAAUAGUCACCGAAAGCAACUUCACGCUCGAAGAGUUCAACGAGUCGGCCUACGAGGAAUGGGAGUCAGGAGACGAAGAUGUGAUCCGGCCAUACCAAUACGAAGACGCGGAUUCCGAGAAAGCACAAUCUGUGAAGUCCUCUGGAGGAAGGAGGAAGAGUGAUCUAGACCCGAGGAUACUGGAUGGGAUUAGGGACCUGGGCUGUGGGGAUCAGGAGGAGGCGCGCGAGGAGUGGGUGAGGGCUGAGAGGGCGCGGAAGAAGUGGAAGAGAAGGAGUUCAGGGACUAAGAGGACCUUGACCCAGAGUAUUGGGAGUGAUACUGAUGAUGAGGAUUUGCAGCCUGUUAUGUUUGAUGGGGCGAAUGAGGCGGGCAGUAGCGCGAGGAGGUUGAGGAGGAAGGUCGGGGAGAGGUCGAGUCUGAUUUUUGAUGAUCCGCCACCGAGGAUUGAGGAGGUUGAUGAGGGCUGUGAGGAGGUGAUUGACAUCAACGAAAACGAAGACGAGCUUGAUAGGAGGACAAUGCGGGAGCUGCCAUACUACCGGUAUGUCCUGGAGGAGAUGGAAAUUGACUCGGAGGAAGAGUGA